CGCCCCACUGAAUUGUAAAAAGUGGUAGCGCCCAGCGGGCGCGCGACAUUACAAACUGUUUUGAUUGUCGGAAGCAGGAUUCGUUGAGAAUGGACGAGAAGAUGAAUGAGGAGAACACUGAGGAGGUGAAAGUGCUGGAGGCUCAGAUUGAACAACUCCAGGCUGAAGUUGCACAAUUACAGCAUCAGCAGCAGAACAACCACAAGGACAUGACAUUCAACUUUAGUGGACAAAUGCAGGAGGCCUUGUUAUAUUCGUGUGGACAGAGACUGGUAAGAGCGAAGGAGGAGGUUGUGUCCAGACUGGAGGAAGAGGUGAAGGAGAUGGAGGAGGACCUGAAGAGACAAACACAGAUGAAUGGCAUCAACCUCAACAGCUGCACCACAAAAACUCUGCAAAGCGGUGACAGCCAGUUAAUCCAGAAAUUCUGCGUAUCUGGCCACUGCUCUGAACUGAACUUCCUGGUUGAAUUCCAGCUCACUGAGUUCAAGCAGAAUCAAAGAUGUCAGAGGGAAAUCAGUGCUCUGAAUGUGGUGAUGGAUGCCACUGACCUGAAGAGCUUCAACGGCUUCCUCUUGGGUGUAGAGGAGCACAACAACCUUCUGCUGUUCUUCAGGACUUUAAGGACUCUCUCUGACAGAUGUGAUGACAGGUCCAGAACUUUCCAGCACUUCCAGGACAAGUAUCCGUCUAUCGUAUCUCUUCCUGGAGGCUGUGGGUCAGAGAUCAUGACCCUGAAUCAUCCGCAGCUCCCUGGCUGCGUCCUGUUCAUUCAUUGGUCAGUGGACGUUUCCAGUGAAGGUCGAGUCACUCCGAAAAUCAACCUGCUGACAAAGAUCCCAGAGAGAGUGCUGCAGUUGUUUCCCUCUCAGACUGUAGGUGGCGCUGCCAAGUUUUUCCAGAGCCUGCUAAGAAUUCUGGGAUCUGAAGCUGCCGUGGAGUCUGUCAUCAGAGCAAUCUGCCCUUCAUCAGACCCAUAGCUCACAUCAGAUUCAUCAUUACGUCCUGGAUGUUUAUAUCUGCAGCUCAUCACAACUCUGGGGGUUCAAUAUUUUAUUUUCUACUUUGAAUAUGUGCAAGUAAGGUAAAGACACAGACAAAGAGAGACCAGGAAACACAAAGCAUUGGUUU